UUUCCUUUCAUCAAUAAACCGCGUUUGGCUUUGAAUGAAACCCAAAUUAAUGACCAGCGAAAACCGCGUUGAUUAACUUUAAGUCUUGAAACUUGAAAGCUCUGUCGCUUAAUCUUUACGAGCAUCACUUUCUUUCUCGUUUCCCUUUCACCGCAAUGCCAAUCAUCUGAAAUUGCUUUGUCAGAGGAACUCAAAAGCGAAAGCUACUACUGAAACAGAACACAUCUGUCUUGUCUUUUUCAUAUUUUAUUUUUUAUUUUAAACGACAAUGCGUUCCGUUUUCAAUGUCGCCGCCGUUUUACUUCUUCAUUUCUUGCUAACGGCGACGUUUUCUGUCGGGAUUCGGAUCAUCGGCGGGGGAGAUGAGUCAGGGUUCUCGGAGGCACCGGAAUACCGCAACGGAGUGGAAUGUCCGGUUUCUGUCAACAAGGAAGUGGUUUCGUCUUGCGACCCGGAUUUGGUCCACGUGGCGAUGGCAUUAGACUCGGAAUACUUGCGUGGCUCGGUCGCUGCCGUCCACUCCAUCCUCCGCCACUCUUCGUGCCCGGAAAACGUCUUCUUUCACUUCAUUGCCGCCGAGUUCGACCCGGCGAGUCCAAGGGUCUUGAGCAAAGUCGUCCGGUCCACGUUCCCUUCACUCAACUUCAAAAUCUACAUCUUCAGGGAAGACACGGUACUCAACUUAAUCUCUUCUUCAAUCCGUCAAGCCCUUGAAAACCCACUCAACUACGCCCGAAACUACCUCGGAGACAUCCUAGAUCUCUGCGUUGACCGAGUCAUUUAUCUCGACUCAGACUUGGUCGUCGUCGACGACAUUCACAAACUCUGGAAUACGACCCUGACAAACUCACGCGUGAUCGGCGCACCCGAGUAUUGCCAUGCCAACUUCACAAAGUAUUUCACCGACGCGUUCUGGUCCGACCCGGUUAUUUCCCGGGUAUUCCAUUCGAGGAAGCCGUGUUAUUUCAACACGGGUGUUAUGGUAAUGGAUUUGGUCCGGUGGAGAGAAGGGAAUUACAGGAAAAGAAUAGAGAAUUGGAUGGAAAUACAGAGGAAACGAAGGAUUUACGAGUUGGGUUCGUUGCCUCCGUUUCUGCUCGUAUUUGCGGGGAAUGUGGAAGACAUCGAUCAUAGAUGGAACCAACAUGGGCUCGGUGGCGACAAUGUAAGAGGCUCUUGUCGGUCGUUGCAUACCGGUCCUGUGAGUCUGUUGCAUUGGAGUGGAAAGGGGAAGCCCUGGGUUCGACUCGAUGCCGGAAACCCAUGUCCGCUCGAUCAUCUUUGGAAGCCCUACGAUCUCUACAAGUGUAGUUUAAUCAAAGAUCAUCUUUGGAAGCCCUACGAUAUUCUUGGGAUUUUCUAGUUAUUUGUUAUGAUUCUCUUCAUUUCUUUGUUUUUUUUAAUUGUCACAGAAACGUUUGACUGAUUCUUUUGAUAGAAAGCUCAGCUGUAUACAAACUGAAUUCUUUUCUGGUUUAUGAGUUUGUUCUC